AUGGAGAGUUAUAAAUAUGCCGUUGAUGCCUGUAUUCGAUGUAGUAUUAAGCAAAUCAAAUGCGACAAUAAAGAGGUCUGUGAUCAUUGCAAAGGGACAAAAAAUGAUUGUCAUCGAAACAAGACCGUGAAAAAAGAAGCCAAAAGAUAUCAAAGACUGAAUAGAUCAUACAAACGCUUUCGUAACCAAUUUGAAACACUUCAUAAACAAAUUUUACAAACCAAAACUACUGACGAGCAGGAAAUGUUAAAUCGAUUAUUAAAUCUUAGCAAUCAAGUCAAAGCGCUUCAUCAUCAAAUUUUACAAACCAAAACUAUUAUUGAUGAACAAAGAAUUUCAAAUCCAUUAUUGAAUCAUUAUUUUAACAAAUUUAAUUUUGGUAAUAAUAACAAAGUUAAAGCACUUCAUCAACAAAUUUUACAAAACAUAACUACUAUUAAUGAGCGAAGAAUGUCAAAUCUAUCAUCCAAUUAUUAUUUUAAGAAUAAUAAUCAAGUUGAAACACUUCAUAAACAAAUUUUACAAACCAAAACUACUGACGAGCAGGAAAUGUUAAAUCGAUUAUUAAAUCUUAGCAAUCAAGUCAAAGCGCUUCAUCAUCAAAUUUUACAAACCAAAACUAUUAUUGAUGAACAAAGAAUUUCAAAUCCAUUAUUGAAUCAUUAUUUUAACAAAUUUAAUUUUGGUAAUAAUAACAAAGUUAAAGCACUUCAUCAACAAAUUUUACAAAACAUAACUACUAUUAAUGAGCGAAGAAUGUCAAAUCUAUCAUCCAAUUAUUAUUUUAAGAAUAAUAAUCAAG